GAGUCCAUACUCCGAAGUCGUUGAUUAUGGAUUACCUUUUCUUAUGCAAAAGCUCAAAAGCUUAUGGCCCAAUAUUAAUCAGAACCGAAGAGCCGAAAAAACCGAAGGAAGCAACCUCAUCUUCAUCGCAUACGUUUUCGCCUGUCACCGUUCCUUCCCAAUCUGUCCUUCACAAUCCUUCAAUCAAACAAAUGGCGCUUAGUCUAACUAGCUCGUUCCUGCAAAUUAAACCACUUUCUCCUCCACCUUUAUCAUUGAGAAAGGUGAAGGUCAAUGCAGGGAUGAAUUCUAAUUUGCAGGUGACCUGCAGGAAGAAAGAUAUACACCCGCAAUUCUAUGAGGAUGCUAAGGUGUACUGCAAUGGGGAACUGGUUAUGACUACCGGUGGAACCCAGAAGGAGUAUGUGGUUGAUGUUUGGUCCGGCAACCACCCAUUCUACCUCGGAAACCGCUCCGCCGUUGUUGUAGACGCCGACCAGGUGGAGAAAUUCCGGAAGAAAUUCGGUGAGCUCUCUCAGCUUAUGGAAAUCCCUGUCCUCAAAGGCGAAAUUGUGUUGCCAACAAAAUCUAAAUUCGGUGGCAAAAAGAAGAAGUAGAAUGAAACCGUUUGAAGGUAGUAGUAGCAUUCACUAUUCAUAGGGAGCUGGAUUAUGAAACUUGAUAUUGCUUUGAUCAACAUUUGAAGUAGCAGAAACAAGCAAAUCCUGGGAAUUGUGCAUGACAAGCUCCAUGUGAAGCACCUUCCCAAUUCCUGCAUUGACGAUUACAUUUACCUGGGUCUCCACAAAACCCUGACCAUGUUUUGCUGCGCCUUUGGCAAAGUUUUGCUUCUGUAA